AUGGCCGCCUCCACCUUAGGUGGUUGUGGGGCUGCCAUGGCCUUGGCCCAGAGCUUCCGAGCCGCCAGGGCGCUGUUCCCUGCACCUGCCUCUGUGGCCUGCGGGGUCCGCGCGGGGCCCGGCCGGCAGCAGAGCACUGGGCCUUCCAAGCCCGGCGAGUUCCGGCCGCCACCGAAACCGGUCAUUGUGGAUAAGCGCCGACCCCCGGACCAGGACAGGAGGUUCUUGAGUCCUGAAUUCAUUCCUCCAAGGGGAAGAACAAAUCCUCUGAAAUUUCAAGUAGAAAGAAAAGAUAUGUUAGAAAGGAGAAAAGUACUCCACAUUCCAGAGUUCUAUGUUGGAAGCAUACUUCGUGUUACUACAGCUGACCCAUAUGCCAGUGGAAAAAUCAGCCAGUUUCUGGGUAUUUGCAUCCAUAGAUCAGGAAAAGGACUUGGAGCUACCUUUAUUCUUAGGAAUACUAUUGAAGGACAAGUAAAAAUGAAGCCUAAGCCUUGGUCCAAACGCUGGGAACGUCCAUAUUUUAAUAUUAAAGGAAUCAGAUUUGAUCUUUGUUUAACUGAAGAACAGAUGAAAGAAGCUCAGAAGUGGAGUCAACCAUGGCUUGAGUUUGAUAUGAUGAGGGAAUAUGAYACUUCAAAAAUUGAAGCUGCAAUAUGGGAAGAAAUUGAAGCAUCAAAAACGUCCUGAUUCUGAGAAAUCAUUUGUUUACUUGUUAAAGAUGUAUUGAUUGCCAGAGGAUUUAUUUUAAAUCCAAUUUAAUUUAAUUUAUGAGAGUUACUAAGCAUUUAUUUUUUARUAUGUUAAAAAUAAAACUUGCACAUCAGUUUAGUACUCUAAGAGGAGAAAUGUAUAUGCCAAAUGGCCCUAUGUUCCUUUCUUAACUGGAAACAAAGCUACAGUGGAAGUCAGAGCAGUACCAGAAUGCUCUUUAUGGAGCAUGGAAGGGCAAGGGGAGUGGGUGGGAUUUUUUUUUAAUUGUGAAGCAAAUCAUUAAUAUGAUAUUGUAUGAUUUAAAGAAUAAUAAAAUGAACAUUAUGUACUCACUGUUAAGAAAUAAACAUUGAGUGACGCCUAUGAAAGUAAAGACAUAGGACAUUUACUAAGAUCUAAGAAACCUGUCUGAAGUUGUCCCUCCUUUACUCAGGUGCACACACGAUCCUGACUUUGUUAAUUAUUCCUUUAUAUUUCUUUGAGUUUAUUGCCUACAUWUAUAUUUCUAAACAAAAUAGUUUUGAAAAACCUAUUAACAAGUAUAAAAGAUAGUAUUGCCAUUAUUACAUAAUUAAGGUUUCAAGAAGAACAUGACAUUCUUUGGGUCAGUCUGGCUUCAGCUUCCCUGAGAGUUUACAAAAGCUACUCUGAGGAAGUUCAUGGCUAAGGUUAUAACUGAGUUCUGCUAACCAGAAGACUUAACCUCAGGACAUCUGGCAGGGUUUCAGGGUCGACUGGACAACUGAUGUCUCGCAGAAAUAUGGGCAGAAGGAGCAAAUAGCAUUUUCUGAUUAUCAGAGCUAUGAUGAAUCAAACUCCAACUUUUAGGAGUAGGUCAAAACAAUACUUAUGUGGGGUGAUAAAAAUAUCUACUUGUAUGUGAAGUGAACAUGGGUUGGAAAACUUUACCAUGGGURUUAUAUAUGGUGAAGACUAGCCUGUAUAUGAUUGAGCACAGUUUUAACCCAGGUCUUGAAUGCAGUCCUGCACCUGUCAGUUGAAUCAUGCUCAGACCUGCUCUCUAGUGCCUAGCUCUAUUGGGCCUUUGGUGUGUUGAGCUGUUUUUGUCUACUAACUCAUUUUGGUGGAGCACAUUCUUUGGUAGGUUUUAAAGAAAGUAUCUGUGGUGAUAAAAUUUUGAGACUUUGCAUAUCUAUAUUUUAUUGAUACUUGAUAGAAUUUUUAGUAUUUAUUUAUUUAUUGUAACACCGAGUAUUAAACUCAGGGACUUUGUGCAUUUUUGAGACAGGGGCUUUCUAAGUUGCACUGAGCAAUUCAGUGAGACCUUGUCUCUAAAUAAAAUAC